GUCAUUUUCGACAUGCGCAUUAUAGAUCAAAGUGACGUGGAAUCUGUGUAUGUGGAAGUCACACUGUUUUGUUAUAUAGAUCUAUUUAAGUUGAAAUAGCAAAGAAAACUAACGAUGCAUAUGCUUAAGAGAGACAAGAAAGAAGAAGAAGAUGGUGGAGGGAAUCCAUUCGGCAAUCUGGAAAAGAGCACUGUUUUGCAAGAGGCUCGGAUGUUUAAUGAAACUCCAAUCAACCCACGUAAAUGUGGCCACAUCCUCACAAAGCUCCUUUAUCUGAUCAAUCAGGGAGAAAGUAUUGGAUCGAAAGAGGCAACAGAAGCUUUUUUCGCAAUGACCAAGCUCUUUCAGUCUAAAGAUACCACACUGCGUCGUCUUGUGUACCUCGGGAUAAAGGAAAUGUCACAGAUCGCCCAGGAUGUCAUCAUUGUCACCAGCAGUUUAAUGAAGGACAUGACAGGGAAGGAGGACCAGUUCCGUGGACCGGCCAUCAGAGCUCUCUGCUCCAUCACAGAUAACACUAUGCUGCAGAGUAUUGAGAGGUAUAUGAAGCAGGCCAUUGUGGACAAAGUCCCAGCAGUGUCCAGUGCUGCUCUUGUGUCGUCUCUGCACCUGAGUAAAGGAAGCCAUGACAUCACCAAGCGCUGGGUGAAUGAAGCCCAGGAGGCUGUCAAUAGUGACAACAUCAUGGUGCAGUAUCAUGCUCUAGGGCUGCUGUACCACAUCAGGAAGAAUGACAAACUGGCGGUCAACAAGCUGGUCAGCAAGUUCAGCAAGCAUACACUCAAGUCACCAUAUGCUUACUGUUUGCUGAUCAGGAUUGCCAGCAAGCUGAUCGAGGAGGAAGACGCUGGAUCUGAAAGUCCAAUGUUUGACUUCAUUGAGAGUUGCCUGCGCCACAAGAGUGAGAUGGUUAUCUAUGAGGCUGCCCAUGCUAUUGUCAACAUGAAGAACACCACUGCAAAGGACCUCGCUCCAGCUGUGUCUGUACUUCAACUCUUCUGCAGCUCACCAAAACCAACUCUCAGAUUUGCUGCUGUCCGCACACUCAACAAGGUGGCCAUGAAGCACCCUGCUGCGGUCACUGCCUGUAACCUUGACCUGGAGAACCUGAUCACUGACGUCAACCGCAGCAUUGCAACAUUGGCCAUCACCACAUUACUUAAGACUGGAAAUGAGAGCAGUGUAGAUCGCCUGAUGAAGCAGAUUUCAUCCUUCAUGUCUGAGAUCUCGGAUGAGUUUAAGAUAGUCGUUGUGCAGGCUAUCAGGUCACUGUGUGCAAAGUUCCCACGGAAACACAGCGUGCUGAUGAACUUCCUCUCUUCAAUGCUGAGAGAUGAGGGAGGUUUUGACUACAAGAAGGCCAUUGUUGACUGUAUAAUAACCAUCAUUGAGGAGAACCCAGAGGCAAAGGAAGCUGGUUUGGCUCACCUCUGCGAGUUCAUCGAGGACUGUGAACACACUGUGUUGGCCACACGCAUCCUACACCUGCUGGGUCGUGAGGGUCCACGCACCCCCACACCUUCCAAAUAUAUCCGGUUCAUUUACAACAGGGUUAUUCUGGAAAAUGCAGCAGUAAGGGCAGCUGCUGUGAGUGCUCUAGCCAAGUUUGGUGGCCACUGUGAGGAGCUCCUACCAAGCUGCAUUGUACUUCUGGAGAGAUGUCAGCUUGACAGUGAUGAUGAGGUUCGGGACCGGGCCACAUUCUAUGUCAACAUCCUUAAGCAGCAGCAGAAGGCUCUCAAUUCUGCCUACAUCUUGAAUGGCCUUCAGGUUUCUGUGGUUGGACUUGAGAGAGCACUACACAACUACACAUUGGAGCCCACAGACACCCCCUUUGACUUGAAGUCUGUACCACUGGACACACAGCCCAUGCAGGAUCAGAGACCCUCAGUGCGAGAUGGGGGUGAAAUGGGUGCCAAGACAUCAGAGAAGGUGGUAGCCUCCAGACAAGAUGUAUUUGCAGAACAAAUCGCAUUAGUACCAGAACUUGCUAACCUUGGCCCCCUAUUCCGGUCAUCGCAGCCUCUUGAACUGACAGAAUCAGAAACGGAGUAUGUUGUACAGUGUGUGAAGCAUACGUUCAGCAACUACAUUGUGUUCCAGUUUGAUUGUACAAACACACUGAAUGAUCAAGUCCUGGAGAAUGCCACUGUUCAGAUGGAUCCUGUAGAUGGCUUUGAGGUGAUGAAGUAUAUUGCAUGCAGCAGUCUUCCGUACAAUAAGCCUGGCACCACAUACACUCUUGUCCGAUUACCCCAGGAGCCCACACAAGUAACAGGCAGUUUCACCUGCACCCUGAAGUUUAUUGUAAAGGACUGUGAUCCCAACACUGGGGAGCCUGAUGAUGAAGGUUAUGAAGAUGAGUAUGUGCUGGAGGAUGUUGAGGUGAGUGUUGCAGACCAUGUUCAGCGAGUCAUCAAACCCAAUUUUGCUGCAUCAUGGGAGGAAGUUGGCCCAGAGAAUGAGUUGGAGGACACCUAUGCCCUGUCUACUAUCAACUCUUUAGAAGAAGCCAUCAAAAAUAUUAUUCAGUAUCUGGGCAUGCAACCUUGUGAGCGUUCUGACAAAGUGGCGGAGGGCAAGAGUUCACAUACUUUAUUCCUAGCUGGUGUAUUCCGUGGUGGCCAUGAUGCUCUAGUGAGAGCUAAACUUGCUCUUACUGACUCUGGUGUGACAAUGCAGCUCACUGUCCGAUCCACAGACCCAAAUGUAUCAGAGGUGCUUGCAACAGCCAUAGCAUAGACAUCACAGUCUCUGUACAUGUCAGUGUCAUUUAAUCUGACAGUUUCUUCAGCUGAAAUCAGACCUUCAUAAGUAUACUACUGGCUGAUUGGGCCAUGAUGUAAAUGCUCUCAUACUUCGUUUACAAUAAUACAACUGAAUAUUAUGUGACAUAAAAUGUUGUCUUAUGAAAUGGUCUGUAUAACAUUAUCACUUGUUUAAUGGAUCUCUCAUGGGGUGAUCACAGUAGCUGCUGAUCUAUUUCCUCGUGUGGGGAUUUUGAAAGUUCAUAUUAUUCACCACUGUAUUGUCCCAAGUAUGAUGAGUACAGGCUGUGACUGCCUUAUAGCUGUAGUGAAGCCAAGGCCUUAGAUAUCUUUCACUUGAUAUUCUAACUACUAAAAGGAACGGUAAGCUGUUGUCCUUAUGUCAUGAACAGUGACCAACUGAACUUCAAAGCAAUGGUCAGAUUGUGUUUUGAUCAUUGGAGCAAAGAAAUCUUUUUGUGGGACUCUGUUUAUUUAUGUGUAAAUAAAUCGAUUUAAUGAGGAAUAAAUGUUAUAUCCAGUU